AUGGCGAUACGGUCGACAAUGCUGGCCGCCGGCCUUCUCCUUGGCUCCGCACAAGCUUUGACUAUCGAGGGCAUGCUUGCUGCGCCGCGCAGGAGCACUGGUAGUCUGAGUCCAAAAGGCGACCGAGCACUCUUCACGUCAACCAGCUACAACUGGACGACGGCCAAGGCCACGACAGGCUGGUACUUCCUUGAUACCGAGAGUGGUAACACAACAAAGGCGCCAUUCGGAAGUGAGGUCUCCGAGGUUGUCUGGAUUGGCGAGACUGAAGAUAGCAUUUUGUACUUGAACUCUAGCAACGCAGAGAUUCCUGGUGGUGUGACACUAUACACAGCUGAUCUUAGUGGCGAGUUCAACCCCUCGUUGGUUGCAUCUCUCAAUGCACCUUUUGGGGGCCUCAAGGCUGCAAAGACUGCUGAUGGGUCUCUCAACUUUGUACUGAACACCCUUGCAUACUGGGGCAACGGCUCUGCGUACAACCCAGAGCUUGUCACUAAGCCCAAGUCGGCGGGACAGCUUUAUGAUGCAAACUUUGUGCGUCAUUGGAACUACUACAUUACCGAGCAGCGAUACGCCGUCUUCGGCGGUAGCCUUGCUAAGGGUAACGGAAGCUACUCCUUCGAUGGAAAGAUUACCAACCUGCUGAAGGGCAUCAACUCUACCAUCACUCACCCAGAGAGCCCCGUUCAAGGAUCUUCGAGCGACCCGGGUGAUUACGAGCUUUCGCCCGAUGGUAGCAAGGUAGCCUUCCGCAGCAAGUCUCCACAUCUUCCCAAGGCCAACUACACGGCGAGCUACAUCUACGUUGUGCCUCAUGAUGGCUCCGAGGUUGCUGUGGCUAUCAACGGUCCUGGCACAACCGCACCCGAGACUGCUCAGGGCGCUUCAGGCUACCCUGUUUGGUCGCACGACAGCAAGAAACUGGCAUAUGGCCAGCAAGACGGUAUUGACUACGAGUCCGAUCGCUUCAAGCUCUAUGUUGCAGACAUUGAUGGCUUGAACUCCGAGGUUCACACAGUUGCAGAGGAUUGGGACUCAUCCCCCUCCGGACUCAAAUGGAGUCCCGACGAUACUGAUCUCUGGGUCGUUUCUGAGCUCCACGCUGCGAACCGCCUCUGGGUUGUUCCUCAUGAUGCUCCUGCUGACUUCAAGCCCGUGAACUUCACUGGGCCUGACUCAGUUCUAUCCGACUUUGAUAUCCACCCAGAUGGUUCUGCAUUCGUCUCGGCUGCUGCGUCGUGGUCAAGUCGUAUAUUCUACAAGCAGUCCCCAGGACAAGACAAGGAGAUUGUUUUCACUGCCAACAAGGUCGAUCCCGAGCUCGCUGGUCUGCUCCCAAACUCGACCUCCAACUUCUGGGUUGAGAACGAGGACGGCGACCAGGUGCAGUCUUUUGUCUUUUACCCCACUGACUUUAAUCCCGAGGAGAAGUACCCGUUGAUGUUCAUCAUCCACGGUGGUCCUCAAUCAACCCAGGGUGAUAACUGGAGCGUGCGUUGGAACCUCCGUCUUUGGGCCGACCAAGGCUUCGUAGUCGUUGCGACCCAGUUUACCGGCUCUCCAUCUUACAGCCAAGCUUUCACAGACAAGAUCCAAGCAAACUGGGGAGGCUCGCCCUACAACGAUCUAGUCACCGUCUUCGAGCACAUCAAGGCCAACAUCUCCUACAUUGACACCGACCGUGCCAUCGCUGGCGGAGCUUCGUUCGGCUGUUUCAUGACCAACUACAUCCAGGGACAUGCUCUGGGUCGUGAAUUCAAGGCGCUCGUCUGUCACGAUGGCAAAGUCAACCAGGUCGCCAGCUACUCGACGGAUGAGCUGUGGUUCAUCCAGCGUGAUAACAAUGGCACUAUCUGGAACGAUCGCGCCAACUACGAGAAGUGGGAUCCGAUCAUCUACUCGGCAAACUUCAGUACACCCGAGUUCAUUAUCCAUAAUGAUCUUGAUUAUCGCGUGCUGAUUUCGGAGGGCUUGCAGACUUUCAACAUCCUACAAAGCCUUGGUGUGCCCAGUCGUUUCUUGCAUUUCCCUGAUGAGGGACAUUGGGUCACAAAGAGGGAUAACAGUGUUCUGUGGCACAAGAGCAUCUUCAACUGGAUCAGGUACUAUGCUGGCCUGGAUGAGGAGCUCAUUCAGGAAGGCGUUAUCCACCAGUAG